AGGAGUCCCAGGCACAGCUGCAGUCAGGGGGACAAAGCACUUAUUUCUUGGACUGAACACUCUGCCAGGGAAGAAGCCAAAGAGAACUUCUGAGGACAGACGCAGGAUAUAAAUAAAGUCAUGGCUUUUCGUGGAUAUAUUCUUAUUCUGUUUUUCCUCGUGAUGACAAUCAAUGUCUGCAGAGCUCACUGGAUGGAGAACAGGGACAGGCGUAUGCCACCACCUGUGGAAUCAUUCCUGGAAAAGCUUAAAGAUCUGUCAAACCAAAGACUAAAGCGCAAUGUAAGAGACAGUGACAAUGAUGUAACUACUGAGGAAGUCACAAAAGAAGCACGGACCGGUCAGAAUUCCCUAAGUUCCUUGUUGCACCUGAGAGAGAAACGUUAUGCCGCUUCCAUCAGUGCUCGUGGUUGUCAUUUGGGGACCUGCCAGAUUCAGAAUUUAGCCAACCUACUUUACCGACUUGGGAACAACAACAACAAAGACGGGUCAAACAGAGACACAAAGGACCCUUUAGGAUACGGUAGAAGACGUCGUUCCUUGCUCCGGGAGAAGGAAUGGACAGGCUUAUCUGAAACAUUACCAGCUACAUAGAUAAAUGUGCACCUUUUAGGUUCACUCCACGAGUCAAGGAAGAAUUAUACUGGUAAUUAACAUUACAUAGAGCUGAAUUUGUGGUCUUUAGGUUUUCCUGUGGAGUCAAUCCAAAAGCCAAGCUCGGAGAUGUAUGCUCCUGAGUGGUCAGGCUGCAGGCAACCUGUCACAGAACCUGAAGAUUACACAAGCGUGUAGUGAUACACCUGCUUUUUAAUAGAAGGAACCAAGAUUUAUGCACUGAUCCAAGUGUUAGUAAAAAUGUCCUCUCCCCCUUCCUUCCCAUAUAGAAAACUGAUACUACUAUUCCAGGAGUAUGCUUUCCAACAAUAAUAAUGUCAUUUGCUUUACAGCCACUGUGUAACUCCGUGUGCCAAGAAUAAUAUUAUAAAGUUAUAUUUAGAGUGAC